CAGUGUUGAGGUCUCGUGAAGUACUAUGCUCCGUCUCCUCAACUACGUACAGGCUGCACCAUCGCCGUUCAUUUCAUAUCAACUACCAAAAGGGUUAAAAGUCUUCUUUGGAUGUAUCGAGGAGCACAACGCUCCUUUUCAAGCAACAGGGAGUGGAUAUUUAGUUCAUGAAGAAAAUCCCUGCGUUUAACAAACAGCUGCAACGAAAAUCAGCGUCUCAAGAGUCAGAUCAAAAACGUGGAGAAACUAUGGAUCGGUAGUAUGAACUCAACCGACUCAGGAAGAGAGACGCGGUCUAUCACUCCGACCUCGUUUCGGCGCUUUUUCUGUGGAAUAAAAGUACACUGACACCAAGGAAUCUACACCUUACCUACUACCAGAAUUCUAUCAGUUUCCCUGUACCGCUGCUAGGGAUGGCCGGGCCAGCUCCGUUUCCUCUGAUUUUGGUGUUGACUUUGUUUGGAGAUGUUUGGAGUGCGUCCUAUCCUCAACGCUACAAUCUUUACGCGAAUUCCCAGUCACAGACGCAGACCCCGAACGGGGCUCGAGCAGCCAGCCGACACAGGAACUGGUGUGCGUAUGUGGUGACCAAGACGGUGAGCUGUGUGGUGGAGGACGGAGUGGAGACCUACGUGAAGCCGGACUAUCAGCCCUGCGCAUGGGGUCAGGUGCAGUGUUCACGAGUGGUCAUGUACCGGACAUACAUGCGGCCCCGGUACAAGGUGGCUUACAAAAUGGCCACUGAACUGGAGUGGAAGUGUUGCCAUGGUUACAGUGGCGACGACUGCAACGACGGGCCCCCUGGGGGUUCCGGAACUCAAAUUGGAACCACGAGACCGUGGCCCAAACCGGUCCGGCCCGGGCAAAAUGGAGCCGGUACUGGACAGGGCCAGGGUGGUGGAGGUGGAAGAGGCGAUAGUGACAAGAUCCGGCAGCUAGAGGAGAAAAUUCAGAGCUUGACAAAAGACAUGCAUAGCAUCCAGUCAACGCUGCGGGGCAUGAAUGGGGCCAAGAAUCCCGCCGACGCUGCCCAACCGGAGAUGAAAGAGACCAUCCACAGCAUCCAGACCAAGCUGGACCAGUUGGACAACAGGACCCAGGCCCACGACAGGACGUUGGUCAGCAUUAACAACCACCUGGUCAACGGAAAGGGCAGCGGGAACGACCUGGAUGUGAUCAGUGGUGGCGGCGGCAGCGUUGGUGGUGGCGGCGGUGGUGGUGGGAUUGGUGGCGGCUCCGCUGGUGGAGGCCGGCUGAACUCACUGAAGGAAGAGAUCCUGCGGGAGCUGGAGAGCAGGGUGACGCUGUCCUGCUCGGCCUGCCAGUCGGGCGUCGAGGACCUGAGGCGGCAGCAGCAGCUGGAUCGCGAGAGGAUCCGCGCCCUGGAGAAACGGAUGAAUGCCAUGGACCAGCACCACCAGCAGAGCCUGGAUGGCCUACGAAGAGAACUGACCCUAGGCAGGAUCGGCGACAUAGACAGGAAGGUAAUCUCGACCUCUGGCGCGGUGGACGCUAUUCAGGAUCGGCUGGACAAGGAGCUGAAAGGCACUGGUGGAUCAGGGGGAUCUUCAGGUUCCGGUGACCUAUCUUUCAUAGGUCCAAUGCGAGACCUUGAGAGAAGACUGAACAAUUCACUGCAGAGGACAGAAGACAACUGUGCCAACAUAGAAAAUAACCUAAAGGACUCCUUCAGACAAGAGCUGAACGACCUCCGCGACAUUUUCCUUAACCGCUUCGACGACCAAGGCUUCCGGAUUUCAGAUGUGGAACUGGACGUGAAGGGCAACAAAAACGACUUGCAAGACUACAAGAAACGUCUGACUCGACUCGAGAAUGUGACCAACCACAUGGACAAGAGGCUGAAGGACUGCACGGUGUCCUGUAGACCUGGCUCAAGCCACAUACCUGGAGGUGGAGACCAUGGAGGGCGAGUGGACAACGGUGGACGAGGAGACAACGGUGGGCGAGGAGAUAACGGAGCGGACUCCUCUAAGUCUAUCGAGUGGAGAGUAAUCGCAAAUGAGGCUGAGAUCAAGACCUUUAACACCCGUCUGAAGGACAUCACUAUGUCCGGAGAAUCGCUCAACGACAGGGUGGUCGACCUGAGCCACGACGUGCGCAAAAUCAAAGUGCUGACCGGAGACAACGGGGAACACUUCAACAGGAUUGUCACCGAACUGGAGAGCUGUGACAUCUGCCACAAAAUGGAGGACGAGCUGAAGAAGCUGAAGAACAUCACACACCACACACUGGCCAAGUGCAACACAGAUCUACAGGACAUCAGGAACAGAAUCGACUCCGACGACACUGCCUGCUCUAAGGUGUGCUCCAACCUACAGGAAGAGGUGGGUAAGCUAAAAGAGGACGUGGCCAAAUGUGGUGGAUCAUGCAAGAUUGACCUUGUGCUCCCAGGAACAGGAACUGGACCAGGAACAGGAACUGGACCAGGAAGUGGGACAGGGUCAGGGACCGUAGGAGGUCCAAAUGACCCACAGAAACCGCUGGAUGGCCACAGCGUCAUCAGCGGCACAUCCAACACGAACCUGAAGUCGCUUCAGGGAGAGCUCUCUGAGGUCAUUCUGUCCUUCAGCUCCAUCAACGACACGCUGAAGGACCUCGAGCACACAGUGCAGAAGCACGACAGCGUCAUCACCGACCUGGGCAACACCAAGGACAAGAUCAUCUCCGAGAUUGACAAAAUCCAGCAGGAGAUCACCGAGCACAUCGAGGACAGCAAAGGACACUUUGACACAGUCGACAAGGAGAUCCAGCGCUUCGGGAACAACUUUGUGGUUGAGAUGGGCGACUGCAAGCGAACUGGAGACGACCUGGAGAAGAGGCUAUCCAAGUUGGAAGACGUGUGCGGCCGCUUCGACACUCUCUCUGACAACGUCCAGAAGAUCAAAGAGGGCCUCAACAAACAUGUCUCUGGGCUCUGGACCUGUGUGAACGGACUGAACACCACGGUGACUUCCCAUGAAGGGUUCAUCGACACCUUCCAAAACACACAUCUGGAUGACAUCCAUGGAAAGAUCAAGAGCCUCAACUCCUCAGUGCGCCAUGUUCUCAAAGAGUUCCAGGCCUUCACCGAGCUUGACUUUAUGGGUCUGCCAGGGCCGCCAGGCCCCCAGGGAGAAAGAGGCUUCAAUGGAUUCCCCGGCCAGCCCGGGCCCAUGGGACCACCAGGGAGAGACGGACCACCAGGCCUGCCAGGGCUUCCAGGCUCAAUAGGACCUCCCGGAUCCCAAGGUGAACAAGGAAUGCCAGGGGCAGAUGCCAACGUUCCACGCCUGUCCUUCUCAGCUGCGCUCACCAAGCCCAUGGCCAACUCUGGCACUAUAGUCUUCGACAAAGUCUUUGUCAAUGAAGGACAGAGAUAUGAUCCACGCACUGGUGUGUUCACGGCUCCCUUAGACGGAAGAUACUUCUUCAGCGCCAUCCUGACCGGCCACAAGAACGUUAAGCUUGAGGCUGUCCUGUCCAAGUCCAAUUACGGCAUGGCACGUGUGGACUCCGCUGGCUACCAGCCCGAAGGCCUGGAGAACAAACCAGUGGCCGAUCUGAAGCCGACGCCCGGGGCCCUGGCCGUCUUCAACAUCAUCCUGCCUUUACAGAUGGGGGAUACAGUGUGUGUGGACCUGGUCAUGGGCAAGCUGGCCCAUUCGGUCGAGCCUCUGACCAUUUUUAGCGGCAUGCUUCUCUACGAAGACAUUUAGGAGUGGACGACCUGCAGUCGUAGCAGUGGACUCUGGGAUAGAUCUGGCCGGAUCAGUGUUGCCGGAUUAGCGCCACAACUGAGCCAGAACUGGCUCAGAUCCAUGUCAGAGUCUGCUUCUAUAUGAGAUGGCUAUGAUGAACACUGAGAGACUUCUUUCGGACUCACAGGACAUUUGUGACGAUCAACGAAACGACGGGGCCAGAAAAUGACACUAAAAGAGAUGUUUUAAACCCUCUGGGGGGCUGAGACACACUUUGUGGACGCGCCGGCACUCCCAAUCUCAUUUUCAAUCCCGCUAAUAUGAACUAAACUGCUCAAAAGCAGAAUAUAAUGUUAAAAAACGAACAAGAAAACUUGCCCUUGAUAUUAACCAAGCCAAAAAUCAGAGAAGUUCUAUAACAGAUACUACUGCAGGAUUUAUUGUCAUGUUUUGUUAUCGCUGAUAAAAAUUUCUUGAUUUAUGUAAAUCACUUCCGACAUGGUUUAUGAAUACUCAUCUUCUAUGCGCCAAAGUUGACUGUGUGGUCAUAUCGACUUCCUGUACACCUUUCUCUUUGAUGUUCCCCUGCCAAAGAAGCUCUACUCACAAUCUGAGUUCAAGAAUAAGCAGCUACUUGCUUAGCUUGUGGUUAAAACAGGGACGAAAAAUAAUUGUCUGUAUCUUGAUUUUGUUUGGUUUGGUUUGGUUUUGUUCUUAAAUGAAAGCAGUUCACAUUUGUGUGUGAAUGUUGUGAUUUCUGUGCACCUUUCUGCCUCCUGAGUCUGUUUUUGUAAGUAGUUUUGGCCCCGGCGUGACUGGGACUGUGCUGUUGUUGAUGUCAGUGAAGGCGCUGUAAUGGCCGCAGAUGUGCCUCAUUCGUUCCUGACACUCACCAACCUUCCAGAGGGGCCAGGGCCUUGAUUGCCGUACAGACUGCAGGGCUGCUGGGGGAGUUAGUGAUGCACGCCACCCCACUAACGUCCAGUUCAGGGCCUUCAAAAGCUCCUAGUUUGGGAAGGGGAGAAAAUAACCCCUUAGAAGAGAGGGGAAAAAACGGAAGCAGGAGGAUUUGAUCUGGUCCCGUCGGGAGGACAGAGCUCGAAGAAACCUGGAUCCUCCUUUCUCCUUCCUCCCCUGACACAAACCCCCCACCCCCACCUCUCCACCCCCACCCCCAUCUCUCCACCCCCACCUCUCCAACCCCACCUCUCCACCCCUCAGGCACACGAUUCCUUGAACGGCAGCCAAAAGCAACAAGAAACUAGUCUAUGAUAAACACAGCUCUCCUGCCUUCUCGAGAAGGACCAAUUGCCGCUGUUAAUGGAGGUUCAUUGACGUGUUUACACGAGCCAAUAAAGAAGACAAUUAGAUUUUCCUGUAGGCGCUUGACCACCAGGACAGCGACACACACACACACACACACACACACACACACUGACACCUCUAAAAGUAAUAUAAUAAUCUCCCCUUCCCCCCUCUCUCCUACGGCCAAUGCGCCCAGGGUGAUUCAGAGAGCCCCUGGAGGUACUGAGUGAGUGAGCACUGCUUUGCAUUCACCAUAAAAGCCGGUUUAAAACAAGUCUGUGUAUCACACAAACACACACUCCUCUCCCUUUGCCACUAGUAGCAGUCAGUCCAGUUCCUCUUCAAACCACAACCCCAAGGAGGCCAAACUAUGCUAAGAGCACAUGACAACUCAUAUUUUCUAAUGAAUGCAGAUCUGAAGUAUUUUAUAGCAAUAUAGUUGAUUUUUUUUGUACAACAAAGGACAAAGCAAUGUUAUAAAACCUUUUUUUUCCUAAUGUUUAUAAUUAAGGCUGCUAACAUGAUGUUGUGUACCGUCUGUUUUUUGGUCAUACAUAAUUCUUCCUGGUUAGGAGGCAAUAAAUUCAGAGAACAGCAUAACACUUCAAGUAGAAACACAAUACUGAAAAAAUACUGGCGUUUUGUUCAGCGCACAGCCAAAGAGACACUUCCUGUUUCGGAGCCACUUUUCGUCAGUGCCUUCUCACGGUUUACCCUCUUACCUUGAAUGUGUAUGUUGGCAACACGUGUGGUUCAAAUAAAGAUAUUUAAUUUUA